AAUAAUAAUAAUAAUAAUAAUAAUAAUAAUAAUAAUAAUAAUAAUUAUAAUAAUAAUCCGCAAGUAAUAUCACCUAAAAGGAAUGAUCUUACAAACAGUGAUUUAAAUUUAAAUCAAAAUUUCAAUCCAAGCUUAAGUAAUCAGUUAUCAAACCCUUAUAUUAGUAAUAACAAUAGCGCUAUUGGUGCUAAUAGUGGUAUUAGCCCUAAUAGUAACCUUAAUAAUAAUCCUAUUGUUGAUGUUAAUCACAACGCUAAUAUUAACACUAAUAAUGAUAAUUUUGUGAAUAAUGAGGAAAAUGGGAAUAAGUUUAAUAAGAGAUCUUCGCCAGCCAACAACUUGGGAAAUCAAGCGUACUCAAGAAAUAGCGUUGAAAAUUUGAUUCCUAUUCGAUCGAUAGAGGAAGAAAUUGAACAGCAAAGAGAAAGACCACUAAUGGUCCAAAAGACAUCAGAUGUUGAAAAAUUGGAGAUCCAAUUGAAGAAAUUGUUUGAUACAGUUGAUGUUAAUAAGAGUGGGAAAUUGACAGAAAAGGAACUUAGCAGAGCGUUGUACAAUACUGACUAUUCUAAAUUUGAGAUCUCGACCAUUAGUCUUAUGAUUAAACUAUUUGAUAAAGAUGGGUCUGGGGAUGUAGACUUUAAAGAGUUUUAUAAUUUGUGGAAUUAUAUAACACACUGGAGAAAGGUGUUUCAAAUUUAUGAUAAAGACAAAAGCAAUACAAUAACAUUCAGCGAGUACCAAGAGACAUUGAAGAGCUUUGGAUAUAGGCUAUCUAUUGAUACUUCACUAUAUAUAUUUCGGAAGUUUUCGAAUAACAACAGCUCGUCGGCAUUUGAGAUGAAGUUUGAUUUAUAUGUCGAGAGCUUGAUAUGGUUGCUAAAAUGCACAAAUUCAUUCAAGAAGUACGAUUCCGAAGGGUCAGGAAUCGGCGUGAUUCCAUUUGAGAAGUUUGUUUUGGAGGUAUUGUCGUUCAGAUAAGAGCUGGGUCCUUAUUUGCACGAUGGACAGCUGGCUGUAGCACGUUAAUACACAUUACUGAUAAUCCAUUUGGGGCAUGUUCAGCGAGUGCAGCACCGGAC